CUCUCCUUUCUGCUCCUGCUCCCCUCCUCCUCCCUCCUGCUCAUAGAAACUCCUCAGCUCAGUCAGCAGUGCUUCAGACGCGCUCACUGGCGCACACACGGGUUUCCUGUCGGGCACAGUUUACUCUGCGGCUCCAACUCUGGCUUCACAAAAUUUAUUUGGCUUCGAUACCAUGCUGGAUUAAGCUCAUUAACUUUUGUUGAAGUUUAUUUUCCAACGGCGCAGGUAUAAUGACCGCAUUCUGCAACAGAUCGACUGAUUAGAGGGGUGAGAUCAGUUUUCAGCAGGGCAGCAGUGUUUGCACUGUGACUUGUAGGUUGUGACACAGAUAGUGAAGAGGACACAGACACUUGAGGACCAUGGAUUUUGGCAAUGAUGUGGAUCUGUCCAACAAUAACAUCACUCCUUUGUGGAAACGCCGCACAGACUCAAACAAACCCAAAUCACGACCCCUCAGCUACCACACAAAUGGGGUCAUGACAACGGACUUCCCCGUGGAGGACAAUAAGGGCUCUUUUACCUUGAGCCAACCUGCUGAAAGACUGGUGGUCACACCUCCGUGUUCGGGCAAGAACACUGCGGUGUUAAAACAUGUUUUACACAAACCAUCUAGGAAAUCCCGAGUUGUUCGAAGCAUCAGCAUUGGGCACCUCUCCAAUGGACGCUUCUCCCUGCCCAAAUUUAGGUCUGAAGACAAAUCAGCCUCACUGGACAACAGAGUGUGUAAUGGUGAAUGUGACAGGGGUAAAACCAGUAAUGGAGUGACAGUUUGGCCUGACAAGUGUGCCCAGGAUCCCCAAAAAGUCAUGUCCAGUCCCUUCAGUCUGAGCUUGCAGAAAGACAAGAUAGCUUUGGGGUCAUCCACACCUGAAGCUGCUUCUCUUCACAAUUCCUCUCCUGUUCUGUGUCCUCCACACACCCCAAAUAACAACAGCUAUAACAACAGCCACCAUGAACUAUCCUCCCUUUCAUCUACAUCCAGCCCGUCUCCCCCUGCCCGCCGUACCCCUACCCCCUCCCAUAGCUCCACCUCAAGCAUCCCCUCCCUCUCAUCCCUCACCUCCUCAGACCCCCCGACCCCGCGCUCCCCGUCGCCAGCAGACAGUAGGCAGACUCUCGUCAGACAGUCCUCAUCCUCGUCUGCCUCCUCACAAGAAACCAGGCAUGCCUCUUCCCCCUCCUCCAUGUCCUGCACCUCACCCUCACCCUCUCUUUCCCCAUCAAUCUCUCCCUCUCCUUCCAUCGUCCUCAGCACCCACAGCCCGGCUGCCCUGAAGAUGGGCACCAAUCAACUUAUUCCCAAGGGCUUAGCGUCAGAUAUUCGGCAGAGCAAGGCACCUACUUCUGGGCCACAAGGUCAUGGUUUGGCAGGGUUGCUGGGGCUCGAUACUUCCAAGCGAGCAUUGAAAACUCUUAGCAUGGUGGACACAGGAAGCUACUUUGGUACUGGAGGGGGGCAUGGGGAGGGGACUGAUGCGGAAAGUGAGAGCCCAGGGACACUAAGGAGAGGACUGAGGAGUACAUCCUAUAGGAGGGCUGUUGUGAGCGGAGUGGAUAUUGAGGUCCCAUCCAUAUGUCCCGAGGCUCACCAGCUGUCCCAGCCUGUCAUCAAAGGACUAGAAGGGAAUAAUCUGGAUUCACCAGAUAGCCCAGGCAGUUCUGGGACUGCAAAGCCUGCCAGCCCUAGCACACCCAAACUCUCCAGCCCUGGGACACCCAGACUCUCCAGCCCUGGAACACCCAGACUCUCCAGCCCUGGAACACCCAAACUCUCCAGCCCUGGAACACCCAAACUCUCCAGCCCUGGAACACCCAAACUCUCCAGCCCUGGGACACCCAAACUUUCCAGCCCUAGGACAGAAAAACCAGCAAGCCCUCAGACAGAAAAGCCUACCAACACUGGGAAAAACAAGAGUCCAGAUAAGAAAAAUGUUUUGACCACCCAGCGAACCUUUGACAGUGAGGAGGAGGAGCUGUACCAGAACUACCAGGAGAAGGCCUUACAUAAUGAUUCAGAUGAGGAUGCUGAUUCCAGAGAACCCAAACCUGAUAACGGCAUCGUGGUGCAGUACAGACCCAUACGCACCUCCUGGAGCCAGCUUAGUGUGGUAAAGAAAAGUGGCCUGUCUAACCGGAUGAGUCAGGAAGAACGCAAAAGACAGGAGGCCAUAUUUGAGGUGAUUUCUUCAGAGCACUCCUACCUCCACAGUCUGGAGAUCCUGAUUCGCAUGUUCAAGAACUCGGCAGAGCUCAGCGAGGCUAUGACCAAGACUGAACACCACCACCUUUUCUCAAACAUCACUGAUGUCUGUGAGGCUAGCAAAAAGUUUUUUAAGGAACUGGAGGAAAAACACCAACAGAACAUUGUGAUCGACGACAUCAGCGACAUCUUUUGCAAGCAUGCGCAGUCCAACUUUGAUCCUUAUGUCACAUACUGCUCCAAUGAGGUGUACCAGCAGAGAACCCUGCAGAGGCUUGUGUCCAAGAAUCCAGCAUUCAAGGAGGUGCUGACCAGAAUAGAGGGCCACCCAGACUGCAGGAACCUCCCCAUGAUCUCCUUCCUCAUCCUGCCUAUGCAGAGGAUCACUCGCCUGCCCCUGCUUAUGGAUACAAUUUGUCAGAAGACACCGAAAGACUCUGCACAAUAUGAAGAAUGUAAGAAGGCUUUACAAGCAGUCAGCAAGGUGGUAAGAAAGUGUAAUGAAGGAGCUCGCACAAUGGAGAGAACAGAGAUGAUGUACACUAUCAACUCUCAGCUGGACUUCAAGAUCAAGCCUUUCCCCCUGGUCUCAUCAUCCAGGUGGAUGGUGAAGAGAGGGGAGCUGACAGCCUUUGUGGAGGACAACGGUAUCUUCCUCAAGCGGACGUCACGGCAACAGGUCUAUUUCUUCCUCUUCAACGACGUCCUCAUUGUCACUAGAAAGAAGAGUGAGGAGAGUUACUCUGUGAUAGACUACGCUCUCAGGGACCAGAUCUGGGUGGGUUCCUGCCAGCCCGAGGAUCUCAACCUGUCACCGGUCAGAAGCACCACCAGCAUGCUGAGCUCACGGCAGACCGGCGCCAACCAUCUCUUCCGACUGCGUUUCCGUAGCAACCACUCUGGUGAAAAGGUGACCAUGAUCCUGGGGACAGAGUUGCUGAAUGAGCGUGCUCGAUGGAUCAGUGCUCUGGGCCAGAAUGUCAACAAUAAGAGGAGUCAGGACAGAACCAACGCCAUGCAGAUGGAGGUGAUCAGAACUUACACAGCCAAGCAGCCAGAUGAGCUGUCCCUACAGGUGGCUGAUGUGGUGUUAGUCUCGCAGACUGUAGAAGACGGCUGGUAUGAGGGAGAACGACUGCGUGACGGAGAGAGGGGAUGGUUCCUCGCAGAGUGUGCCGAACCAAUCACAUGCCAGGCCACCAUUGAGCGCAACAUGCAGAGGAUGGACCGCCUGCAGGGGCUGGAGACUAAUGUGUGAGCCGGAUGAGCUGGGCUACUUCAACCACGGAGGGGUUUUUUUUUUCGGCCGUUAGUGACUCCUUGACACACCAGUGACCUGACUUUCUAAGCAGUGAGCCCAGACAAAUGAGUUCAGUAACAGCAUCAGUGACCUGCCUUCAGGGACCGAGUUGGCCAGUAUGGGAGCUGCGUGGCUGCUUGGCUCACUCUUUUCAGCAGGAUACAGAUGGAGCCGUAAUUCAGACUUCUGUUUGGCGUCCAUUAAAUAGCAGGCAUGCUGUUUCAAAGCAACGGCUGCGUUCAGAACAAUCACAGUGAGAAGAACAGAGAGAUUUCCUUAAUUACUGAUCAGUCCCCUCUGUGGGCGGGAUAGCGACAGUGGCAUCUGUCACAUUCAUUAAUUCCCCGGUUGGUUGGAAAAACUUCACACCCACUGCCAAAGUCAUACAUAAGUACAUAACAACUGGUGGUAUGAAAUUUGUAAAUUUUGUAAUUUUUUGCAAACAUGUUUUUUUUUUUUUGGCGUGUAAGUAUGUGCAAUGUAAUAAGUGAGACUACAGUACCACUAUAGGAGGUAUAGUGUGAAAUCGUCAGCAGCCAGCUCUGUUAAUAAGCGUCAGGUCAUAUGAUUAGAAGCUUUUGUCAAUAACUGUUAGGAUGUUGAUUGUAAAAGUGAUAAUAAGCCAAGAUGGUGGGAUUGGCAGCUUCUGUACAGUGUGUGGGUGUGUAGUGUAGCAUCUGAUGGCAAAUGAAACUAUUACAAAGAUAUUUACAGGAAAAUACAAUAUGUUGUAUGUUUAGCCGCAGAAGGAAAAAAAAAAAGGUGCCAUUUGUCUGAAGCCUAAGGCACUUUUUGUAAAUAGAAUAAAUCAUAAGUAAUUGGAUAAUAUUACAGAUUACAGUCAUCUGAGAGUUAUAACCUCAUAUGUCAUCCCUGGGUUAAGCAGAGGGGCCAAGUAUCUGUUUUCUACCUCGCUGUUUGUCACCAGUUAAUGUCACUGUCAUGAAUCAGACUCUACAUUUAUGUCACAUAUGCCAUUAUUCUCUCCAUCCACUCAAUGAUUUGGACAGCCUGAAAUAUGACACACACUUGAUUCCAGCCAGAGGUGUAUAUAUAAAUACCCCCCCAUAGGAUUUAUAUGUGUGAUGUUAGAGAGGCAAGCUAAAAUUAAUUUGUGUGUGCUGAUGGUGAGUCCAGGAGAGACAAGCGGCCCUGCCCGGCCCUGCUUUUAACGUGAUUGUCCAGUGUGAGUCAUCUUUUUAGUGUUGCCCAGCCUAAGGAAAUGAAUAGCUUGGUCAGUGUGGUGAUAACACCAUCUAUCAAGCCCACUGCUCUGGCUCUGGCCCAAAUGACAACCACAUACUGUUGAGUUACAUAGAGCGAGGUGUGACGGUAGGGAGCAGAAGAGCACCCUGCAGGAUGGACAUGUCUGUUCAGACUCUCAAGAGACGAGGCUUUGCAUUUGCACUCAGGGAAAAUUAGCUAUGUGAUACCACACAUCUAAGCAUGAACUGAACUUUAUUUCAAUCAUUUCUUCUUUUUGUAACUAUUGUAAAUCACCUGUGUACAUGUAAAUAUGUAAAACAGUCAGAGAACACACAGAAUUGUGACAUGUAUGUUUUCCUAAAUACAGAUUUAUAUGCAGAAACUUGCUUAUUCAACCAUAUAUAUUUUAAUCAGACACUAUCAAUAAAAGCUUAAUUGCUUGGGGUCUA